AUGUCGCUGAGCCCCAAGCACACGACGCCCUUCUCCGUCACCGACAUCCUCAGCCCCAUGGAGGAGAGCUACAAGAAGUUCGGCGGUAUGGACGGGGCGGCCGGGCUGGGGCCCUACAGGCAGCCCGCGGUGCCCGGCGCCGCAGCGGCCGCCGUCCCGCAGCACGUCGUGGCGGGCCCCGCCGGGGCGGCCGCCUACCACAUGCCGCACGGAGUCUCCCAGUUCCCGCACGGCGCCGUCGGGGGGUACUGCGGCGGCGGGCUGGGCAACGUGGGCGAGCUGCCCGCCUACCCCGACGGCAUGAGGAGCGGCGCGGCGGCGGGCGGAGGCUGGUACGGGGCCGGCGGAGACCCGCGUUACCCCGGCAUCUCCAGGUUCGUGGGCCCGGCGGCGGGGAUGAACGUGGCCGGGAUGGGCGGCCUGAGCGGCCUCGGCGAGGGAGCCAAGGGCAUCGUGCCGCUGCACGCGGCCCCGCGGAGGAAGAGGCGAGUGCUCUUCUCGCAGGCGCAGGUCUACGAGCUGGAGCGGCGCUUCAAGCAGCAGAAGUACCUGUCGGCGCCGGAGCGGGAGCACCUGGCCAGCCUCAUCCACCUCACGCCCACCCAGGUGAAGAUCUGGUUCCAGAACCACCGCUACAAGAUGAAGCGGCAGGCCAAGGACAAGGCGGCCGCCCAGCAGCUGCACCCCGACGGCGCCGGCGGCCUCUGCCAGCAGCCCUCGCCCCGCCGCGUCGCCGUGCCCGUGCUGGUGAAGGACGGCAAGCCCUGCCCGCCGCCGGGCAACGGCACCCCGGCCCCCGGGCAGCCCGCGGCCCCCAGCGGCCCCGGGGGCUCUCUGCCCACCUCUCACCCUCACCCCGGCUCGCUGGGGCAGGCGGCGGACCUGGAAGAGCUGGCGCCCAGCCCGCCGCCUCUGCACGGCCAGGUGCCCCCCCUGGCUCCCAUGGACUCGGCCGGCGUCGAUUACAACGGCGGCAUGGUCAGCCCCAACCUGCUCUACGGCAGGACGUGGUAA